AUGGAAGAAGGUCAUCAUCAUACCCAUCCAGGAUAUGGAACAGAUACCAUCCGCAUGGAAGAAGGCCAUCAUCAUACCCAUCCAGGAUACAGAACAGAUACCAUCUACAUGGAAGAAGGCCGUCAUCGUACUCAUCCAGGAUACGGAACAGAUACAAUCCAGAUGGAAGAAGGCCAUCAUCAUACCCAUCCAGUAUACGGAACAGACACCAUCUAUAUAGAAGAAGGCCAUCAUCAUACCCAUCCAGGAUACGGAACAGAUACCAUCCACAUGGAAGAAGGCCGUUAUCGUACCCAUCCAGGAUAUGGAACAGAUACCAUCCAGAUGGAAGAAGGCCUUCAUCGUACCCAUCUGAGAUAUGGGACAGAUACCAUCCACAUGGAAGAAGGCUGUCAUCGUACCCAUGCAGGAUAUGGAACAGAUACCAUCCACAUGGAAGAAGGCUGUAAUUGUACCCAUCUUAGAUAUUUGACAGAUACCAUCCACAUGGAAGAAGGCCAUCAUCGUACCCAUAUGAGAUAUGGAACAGAUACCAUCCACAUGGAAGAAGGCCGUCAUCGUACCCAUCCGGGAUAUGGAACAGAUACCAUCCACAUGGAAGAAGGCCAUCAUCAUACCUAUCCAGGAUACGGAACAGAUACCAUUCACAUGGAAGAAGGCCGUCAUUGUAUCCAUCCGGGAUACAGAACAGAUACCAUCUACAUGGAAGAAAGCCGUCAUCAUACCCAUCCAGGAUACGGAACAGAUACCAUCCAGAUGGAAGAAGGCCAUCAUUGUACCUAUCCAGGAUAUGGAACAGAUACCAUCCAGAUGGAAGAAGGCAAUCACCAUACCCAUCUAGGAUAUGGAACAGAUACCAUCUACAUAGAAGAAGGCCAUCAUCAUACCCAUCCAGGAUACGGAACAGAUACCAUCCACAUGGAAGAAGGCCAUCAUCAUACCCAUCCAGGAUACGGAACAGAUACCAUCCACAUGGAAGAAGGCAGUCAUCAUACCCAUCCGGGAUAUGGAACAGAUACCAUCUACAUGAAAGAAGGCCAUCAUUGUACCUAUCUUAGAUAUGAGACAGGUACCAUCCAUAUGGAAGAAGGUUGUCAUCAUACCCAUCCACGAUACGGACAGAUACCAUCCACAUGCAAGAAGGCCAUUAUCAUACCCAUCCAGGAUACAGAACAGAUACCAUCCAGAUGGAAGAAGGCCAUCAUUGUACCCAUCUGGGAUACAGAAUAG